UGACUGUGUUCACUGCAGCAGCAUCUUCCCCUCAAACACUGAGAAGAAAACAGUCUUCAGAGUGACAGUCAUCUAACUACUUUCUCCACCAAAGCAGGGUGUUAAAGCAGCAGAUCCUGCUGGCCCCUGAAGGAAAGAUGGCUGGCCUGUGCUGGAUGGCUGCCGCGCUGGUCCUGUUUCUGUCUGCUGGAGACGGUUUGGCUGCUGUGGACCAGAACUGGCUCACCAGUAUCAUAGAAGGCAUCAAGAAUGAGUAUGAACUCGGUGACACCUUCAGUCUGGCUGUGAACGUCCCACAAAACCAAGACAUAAAUAAUCUUCAGCAAGUCUUUCAGAACGACCCGGCAGACAAGGUGAAGCAAAAGGUUUCAGGGGGACAAGUGUACCAGGGUGCCCGGGUGGUGGCGGCAGCACAAUCAGAGGCACUGUCACGUGUUCUAGAGAACGUACAACCCUUCAUUAAAAGCAGUCAGGGGAAUUUUCUCGUCAUCUACUCUGAAGAAUCCCCAUGCGGUCCGACAUGCACAACAAACGCAAAUACGGACGGUAUCGCGAGCAAGAUUAACGACAUCACUCAGAACUGGAGUGGUUAUGCGUUUGUGUUUUCUAAAGUAUUCGAUGUUCCUGAUGUAGACGCGACGAAACUGUCCGAAUCCUUUAAACUACUUGGGGUUUCUAAACUUGGGCUUGACAACAUAUUCCGUUGUUAUAAGCCUGGAGAUGAUCCUUUUCAGUGCACCAGCUGCUCCUCAGGUGGAGAUGUUACACCCUCAUGUGUUGCAGACAAUGCCCCGUCAAAUGAAGAGCAGGGCGUAGGCGAAGAAACGGGUGCAGGCACAGGCACAGAAACAGCGCCAGGGGAAGAAAUGGGUGCAGGCAUAGGCACAGAAACAGCGCCAGGGGAAGAAAUGGGUGCAGGCAUAGGCACAGAAAUAGCACCAGGCAUAGGUGGAGGAACAGGAGGUGAUGGAGGAAAGGGGAAAAGCGGAAAACUGAGUAGGUGCAAAGGACGUCAUGGUCGUCAACGAGGCUGCAAGCGUAGAGGAGGCAGACGUCGUGGUAAAGGUGGAAAAGUUCAGAGACAGUGCAAGCGUAGAGGAGGAUGCAAGGGAAGACGAGGCCACAGAGGUGGAAAGGUUCGAAAAGGGCGCAAACAAAAAAGAGGACGCAAAGUUAGAGGAGGCAAAGGUAGAGGACGCGGCAAGCCUCGAGGCGGGCGCAGAGGCAGAGGAAAAAAAGGGGGCAGGAGUAGAAGAGGCGGUAAACGGAGAGGUGGAGGAAGCAAGAGAAAGAGCAGAGGCAGGCGUAAGUGGGGGCUGCAGUGAUAAAUAACUUUGUAAGGACCAGAGAAUCUGAACAAUAGCUCAAUAAAACCUAUUGAGGAUAAGCAAUGCUUUACUUUUAAUGGAAUUUUUAUAUCCUUUUUGUAGCUUCAGUGACUCCCUUCUUGGCUAUUAAAUAUGUUUUAAUGUCUGCAUCUAUGAACACCUCAGUCUUGGCACUGAUGCUGACGAAAAAUCUAUUUAUUAGGCUUUAGAAAGGAAGGCAUAGAGUCUAGUAUAUUUUCCUUGCUUUCAUUAAAUGCCAUUAAAUAACAAAAGGUGGCAGUUAAUGUGAAUUAACCCUCUGAGCCCCAACAAGCUGUUUUAGGGCGUUUUUUGAUAAUUUUAUACUUUAUAUUUCGCUGCAAUACAUAAAAUGUACAAGUCCUGCAGCUCUAUAGAAUCAGCACAAUCAUGGCUAGAAGUGGGAACAACUCAAUCACGCCUUUCUGCAGAACAACAUUAUAUUGACAUACAUUUAAAUAUAAACAGUUGGGUUUUUUUGGAGACAUUUUAAAUUUUACAUUUAGAAUGAAAAGAUUCUGACAGAAAUAUCUCAAUUUUAAGCUCAGUUUUGGUUACUUUUUAUAACGGAAUCUUUCGGAACAAGGACUGCCAUAAAGUUCAAAUAUCGAUGAUAAUGCCUGUUUUAGUUUUUUCUCCAACAAACUGUGUAUUUUUGUCAAUCUCUUGAAAAAAUCCUUUUCAAUCAGCUUAAAGUUCUGAGGGUUAAUCUCUUUAGUCCUUUGAUAACUGUACUUCUGUAAAGCAUCACCAAAUCCUCUGAUGUUUUGUUCUUUCUGAUUAAAGCUUUG